AAAACAUAAGUAUCCGUUGGGCUUCAUAAGGCGCGUCAAAACGCGUUGUCGCUUUCUUCCUGAAGCUCAACUCUCUGACUUCCAACUCCGGAGACAAACUCAGUUCCCAGGAGCGGCUUAGAGAGAGAGAGAGUCUGCCAAAUCUCAGUUUUGUUUUGUAUUUGAAGGAGAACAGAAAAUGGUAGCCAGAACUCCUCCAAAGCUUCAGCAGCGGCAAACGGCGGCGGCUCCUCUCAACCCUAUUCUCCUCCGUCAAAUUCUCAACAAGGUUGAUAAGUGUAUGGCUAGUCUGGAAGAGCUGCAGUACACAGUGAAAGGAAGGGGUAAGGGGGUGAGUUCUGGAGUGGGUCUUAGCCCUAGAAGCACCAGAGCCUAUUCAAGGACUAGCCAUAAGUGUAAAAAGGAAUCUCUCAGGAUCAGGAAUGCUACUUCUAACAAGUCUCCCCAAGGAAAGUUGCCUAUAAAUGCAGCAGAGUGGAAGAGAAUGUCAUUACCCGCAAUGCUUCUAGGAGAGACAGUGAAUGAAAUUCUACAAGCAAGUCAGUUUGCAAGAAAAGUAGUGGAAGCAGCUGCCUCUGAUGACAACCCCAAAACUCCUCCACUCACGAUUAGGCGAAGCAAGAAUCCGAUCCCCGAAAACUUCGAGCUUAUUGCCCGAAGGAAAAGGGAGAAAGAGGAACAUACUAAAUUUGUCCCCGCAGGUGUUCCCUCCAUUAGGCGUGCCAGAUCGCGUAUAAACUUCAAGCGUUCUCCUCCUCUGCACAAGAAAGAAGAAUGUGAAAAAGAACAUUUCUGCAAGUACAUAGCCAAAAGGGUGUCUCCUAGGAAGAAUAGGCCAUGGGCUAGAAAGACUGUUCUUUUCCCCAACCCUUUGUUCCAUACAUCCCCCCCAACUUCACAACAAAAGCUCAGCAGAAAAACUCAGCUAAAGACACCACCACACAAAUUCUUGAUCAAGUCUCCCCCUCAGCCGCUUUUUAGCAGAUUUCAGGUCAAAAUUAGGAGUCCUCCAUUGUCUAUAUCUCCUCCUACAAGAAGAGCUGUAGCUGCUAAGAAGUCUCCACAGAUUACUACAGCUGGUAAGCUGAAAAGAUUAUCAUUUUCACCUUCAAGGUUGGCAAACAGGCUGCUGCUAGUAUCAUCAUCACCCUCAAAGAUGAGAAGAUCAUUUUCACCUUCAAGGCUGGCAAACAAACUUGUUUCUCCAUUGAGGAGUAGCCGGAAAUCUGUACAGGAGGACACUGAUGCUAUGAAGAUGAUGAUGAGCGGAUUGAAACAACACCGAUCAUGUAGUGCUGCUGCAUCGCAAAUGCAAUUCCCGGCUCGGAGAUUGUGAAUUGUGGGUGGGCACCUUUUAUUUGCAUAUUGUUUUUCCUAUGUCUAUACUUCAAUUCGAUUUGUACAAAUUUGUGUUCCAUGGCACCUUUCAUGUGUUGAAUAGAGGGAAGUCCUCACUCAAGGACAAUGAAAUACUAAUUCUUUGUGUAUUACUGAUUUCUUUUUUGUAAGAUGGAGAAUGUUGUGUUUGUGUUUCAAUGUGUCAAAGCAG